ACUGUACCCUGAGCCAGAACAGCAACCGGCACAAAACAACACAAAAACAACGUGCGAUUUUGUUUUCUUGCCGGCGGAUGGUCAUAUCCCCCGAUGGUAUAUUCGAUGAGGGCUGUUUUGCUGUUUAUUUUUUUAAUUGUGAUAUCUAUUCAAUGCAAGGGAAACAUUGUUUCCGAGCUUGCCCUUCCACCAGAGCAUGUACCAUUUUAUGUUAAUUCCCACCAGCGGUUCUCGGACGGUUGCAGGAGGAACAGUAGCUGCGAACUGAAGCCAUAUCUGGACCAAGGGUUAUGCUGGGGAUAUGAAGAGAACUGUCCUAUUUUUAAGUCCUACUUGGUUCCUGAGUGUGAUGGCAAAAGUAAAGGAUGGGCAGCCACAAAAACUAGUCAGUUGGAGAUGUAUUAUGAACAAGCAGACUUUGGGUACAUCAAAAGGAGGAUGAAGACAAUGUUCCCAUUAUGCUCCCCUAUAGAUAGUAGCUUGGAAGCAUCUGCUCUCAAUUGCUCCUCAAAGAUGGAGUUCUGCAGAGGCCGCAACAUCAGACUCGACUUCCGAGAGCUGACAAAGCGGCGGGGCGAGCUGCUGCGGUACAAAAUGGACGUGCUGAAGCCUGGCCAGAUAGCUGGGCACUGCCGCGUGGACCGUGACCGGCUGUCGUCCGAGCUGGAGUUCAUGAGUGCGCUGCAGUCGUGGUCGCCCGAGAUCCAGCACCUGACGCAGGCGGAUAGACCGCUAACCGGUCGGCCAGAGUGCGACCGGGUCGUCACCACGCCCACCUACAUCAUGAAACUCGACGCCUCGGUCAGCAUGUACCACCACUUCUGCGACUUUUUCAACCUGUACGCCAGUCAGCACCUGAACGACUCGAUGGACGGCGACCACCCGGGCUCGUUCCACCGCGACAAGCAGAUCCUCAUCUGGGAGAAUGUGCCCUACCGGUCCGCCUUCGCGCCCAUGUUCCAGGUGUUCUCCAGCCGUCCCAUUUGGUCUCUGAAUGACGUCAUUGGCCAGCGGGUCUGCUUUAGGGACGUGGUGUUCCCACUGCCGCCCAGGAUGAUAUUCGGGCUGUUCUACAACACACCGCUGGUUCCUGGCUGCCGCCAGAGCGGUCUGUUCCACGCCUUCCAGCGGCACGUCCUGCACCGGCUGGGUCUGCCGCUGCGGCGAACCGUCCCCGACGACACGGUGCGCGUGGUAUGGAUCUCGCGCCAGUCGCGACACAGGCGGGUGCUGAACGAGGCGCGUAUCCUGAAGGCGCUCAGAAAACAGCAGGGGGUCGAGGUGGUCAAGGCGGCGUUCACGCACGCCACCCCGUUCGUGGACCAGGUGCGGCUGGUGUCCGGCUCAGACGUAUUAGUCGGUCUGCACGGCGCCGGCCUCACCCACAUGCUCCUGCUGCCCGACUGGGGUGCCGUGUUUGAGCUCUACCACUGCCAGGACCCCGACUGCUACAGCGACCUGGCGCGGCUCCGAGGGCUGUCCUACACGACCUGGGAGAAACCCGAGCUCAUCACCCCGCAGAACCAGGGCGAGCACCCGGAGCUGGGCGCCCACGAGAAGUUUACCAACUACACUCUGGACGUGGCAGAGACAGUACGCCUGGUACUUCACUCGGUGGCGCAGGUCCGCGCCCACCCCCGGUACAGAAGUGCCAGGCAGGCCCACGAGGCGCUCCAGCGGCCAGCCAGGGACGAGCUGUGAUUGGUCAGUGACGUCAGCCGAGCGCGCUGUGAUUGGUCAGACGUACAGUGACGUCAGAAACCCGUUGUGAUUGGCCAGGAGAGUUAAGGGGUGCAGUUACUGUUGCUGUUACUAGUCCUGAGUCAGUGGUGCAGGAACCAACCCCGCGUUCGAUGUCUCUCGGACGACGAAGAUUCUACGUCGUCCGGCCAAUCGCGUUCAAGGUCAGCGGGGGCUCGGCUGCGGUUAUGGAACUUGAUUGGCCGGACGGCGUAGAAUCUUCGCCGUCCGAGAGACAUCGAACGCGGGGCAAGUCUUCCCGGUGAUCCCCGUGCCUUUUUAAUCGGGCCGUGAUAAGUGAAUCUCACGCGGCGUUGAGUGACGCCUCCACGGGUCCCUUACUGGCGCUCUUUCGGCUGUCCAUUUGCGGGUACCUACAAUGAGAGGGCUGUCUUGUUGGCCGUUUGUUCUUCGGUCUUUGGUAUAACACAUUCCUGGUUCUCUUCGUCGUGCGUUGUUAGUGCCUAGUGGUCUCAUAACUGUUACUCAUUAUGCUCACCUUGCUCAGUGCUCAUUCAUAUUUACAUCUCGUUUAGUUGUUUGUUGUCGAAACAUUACCUGUUUGUAGCAAUAAUCAACCGUUGCGCAUUUGUCGCCCUACUGUCGUUACAUUGCAUAUGAUAUCAGAGUUCUCUGUGGACACGUUCGGGCUAUAAAUUACACCGGUGCAGCAGGCGCUGGCCGUGGGGCCCCGCUUUCAGUCCGGUGCCUAAGCUUUCGCUGUAAUUUAGAGUACAGUGCCUUACCAUUCGAGCUAACUUUUUAACCAAUAACCGUAACAUUUUCCGAACAUGCGCGAAGUACGGCAGGAUAUGACAGUGAAUUCAUAUUCUCGGCUCUAAAUUUCAAUGUAUGCCGAGGUUAUAUCCGGAAUGUCCACCAUACCAAUGUCUCGAGCAGUGUCACAAUACAUGUUUUGUAAUUUG